CUGAUUGGCCAGUCCAGCGAAGAUUAUGACAUUUUCGAAAUGAUGGUAACUCCAGAUGGACAGGCUUCUAAGGAGCGAAGGCUGGACCGUGGCGAAUAUCCUGUGACUGCCCAACUUAUUUGGAGCAGAAUGCCCGGCGGAGAACAAACCGUCAGCAACUACCGAUUUGUAUUCAGGCACAAAGGCGCUCGUACUGGUUCAUCAUGUACCCGUUUCGGUUCGGCUGAAGCUGCCAGCACAAUCGACUCCUUUCUCGCCAGGUUUUUGCAGCAGCCUCAUGAUCGCGAGUAUGCAGAUCUCUGUAUGCUCCCCGAGUUGACGGAGCAAACUCUUCUAGAUAAUUUAAAAGAUCGCUUUAACAGUGGUCAUAUCUACACCUAUAUAGGGCCAAUCUUGGUCGCUAUAAUUUCAGUUUCUUCCCCAUAUACAACCCAAAGUACGCGAGGUUGUACUCCCAAAGCAGAAAGCUUGGGAGUUUGCCGCCGCAUAUUUUUGCGAUUGCAGAUGUCACCUACCAUAAGUAAGCAAACAAGUCUACAUUCUUUCCUUGUGUAA